CCCCCACAGCCCUCACCCCAGUCAACCGUCGUCUGUCCUCUCCGCCCACUCCUGGCAUUUGCCUCACUCAUCCAAGACCAACCCGGGUGCAGAAGACCGACGACGAGCCGCACCAAACGUACCGCACGGGUAACAGCGAGAGGAUAUGGGCUGCUCGCCGAGCCGCGGACGGCAGCGGUCGCUGAUGUCGUCGUCCGAGACGGUCGAGUGCUUCCACUCGCAUCUGCGCGGGCGUCGCGACACGAUGGAGGACCGAUUUGUUGUCAACGGGCGGCUCCACGAGACGUAUCCGUUCCUCAAGCGAUGGCUGCCCGGCGGCGCCGGCUCGCGGCGACGAUGGGGCGCGUUUGCGGUCUUUGAUGGCCAUGGAGGGUCGGAGAUCUCCGAGCUCUGCGCCAAGCGACUUCUCCCCAACAUCCUCACCGAGUCUUUUGUGGACGACGUCGACCAGGCGAUGGAGAACGGGUUCCUCGCCACCGACCAGGAGGCGCUCGAGUUCUCGCGCAACAACUCGGCGACAUCGGGCGCGGCGGUCGUUGUCGUCUUUGUUCUCGGCUCCAUGCUCUUUGUUGGCCACUGUGGCGACGCGCUGGCUGUGCUCUCGCGCGACGGCUCGGCCGUCCUCCUCACCGAGCCGCACACGCUGGCCAACGAUACCGAGGCGCUGCGGGUCAAGCGCGACGGCAACUACCCAGGCGGCCAGCGCCUGGUCCACCCGAUCGUCGACACCAUGAGCCUCGGCCUCACCCGUGCCAUCGGCGACGUCUCGUGGAAGGAUCCCGAGCUGACCUCGGCCCAGCCGACAGGCCUCAUCGCCACGCCGCAGACCCGACAGGAGGUCAUCUACGAUUCGGUCGACGAGUUUAUUCUGGUCGCCUGCGAUGGCCUGUGGGACGUGUUCUCUCCGCAAGAAGCCGUCACCGCCGUCAAAGACAGGCUCCAGCAGGGCUUGCGCCCGCAGGAAGUCGUCGACGACCUCGUCACUGAGGCACUCCGGCUCGGCUCCACCGACAACAUCACUCUCAUCAUGGUCAUGCUCUGACCUGCCCGGCCACGCCCUUUCGCGCCUGAGUCGCCCUGCGCGCCAUCCGCGGCGGCAGCCAGUUGAUCAGAGCUAUCCGUUGCGCCACUGGUGGCCGCACUCGGAGCACUUGUAGAACUCGGUCAUUGGCUCGUCUGCAGACCGAAUCUGGAUCGUCAUAAAGUACGCCUGGUUGUUGUCGCA